AUGUGGCUCUUAUCUUCCGUGGCCGCUAGGACACGGUCGUCAUCCGCACUCACUUCACCGUUGUGGCCGAUGAACGGCGAUGGUAACGCAUCGCUACCGUUGGAGUGCCGCCUUAUUCGUGUCAGCAAGGAGGACAUCAGCCACGUCACAGCGGACGACAUCAAACGUGUGAGAGCCCGCCUCACGAACGACGAGCUCACCACCUCACUGCGGCUUCUGGUGGAGACAAAUCGAUUCGCCGAUGUACUCGCCUCAGCAUCGUCCUCGGCGUGGGCGGAGGCAGCCACGGGGGUGACGGAGGUGCACAUGGGCCUGAGUGGCAACGUGAUGCGAGACCGCCUCAGUCUCUUGUACUCCAUGUUGCCCUACGUGUCGGACAAUUUCCUCCUCGCCAUGGGUAACUCCUACUCGCCCAGCCGCUAG